CAUGGAGGAGCUGAGAGGCUUUCCUCAUGUAAAAAGAAGUUGAUCAUAGAGCAUGUUACAAGGAGGAAAAAUGAUGAAUGGAAAAAGGGUUACAUAAAAAAGAAGAGCAAAAGAGAGAAAAGCAAUUACAUUUGUAAAGAAGAUAGUCUAUUUGAGGAGAAAUUACCAUCAAUAUUGUGUGCACCAUGUAGUCAUUUACAUCGUCAAUCAUACCUACUCGUUCUGGAAACUUAUUCAUCAAAUAUUUAUCUUGAGAUACUGCUACAGAAAUGAGCUGUUAUGAUUAUCGACGUGUACCAUGCUGUAUAGGAUAUAAUUUUUUUUGGUGAAGAUGCUCCAACCAAUUGAUUUAGUCCAGCAUAAAUUAGCCCACAAGAUGAAGUGUAGGAGACCAUGAGGAGCCCGCAAGAAGCCCUGAUUUUUCUUCCAAAAAAAAAAAUCAUAAAUUUCUUUCAUGCCACAUAACCGUUGAUCCUAACGUUUAAUCAAUAUCUUUCUAUGAUAUUAUUUUUAUUUAGAUAUUUAUGUAAUAUUUUAACUUAUUUUCUUAUUUUUAUUUUUUUUCCACUAGAGUUCGUUGCAUUUCCAGUCUUAUCUUGUGCAAAUCGUAGUGUUUAGUGCGGUGGCCGCCAGAAAGGAGGGCGAGGAUGGCGUUCUCAUCUAUGCGGGCUUGGGUUCCAUCGCCUCCCCCAGUGGCCGGAAAGGACUCCGUUGACAGACUGCAACAUGUGGUUAGAUUUCCCGACAAAGAUUUCCAGGCAAGAAGCAAAAUUAGACCAGUGAAGCUUGUAGACAACAUAUCACGAAGAGAUGCAAUGACCUGCUUGUCUGCUACCCUGUUGGCAACCUUCAUAAGGACUGAGCCAGCUGAAGCUCGUUCCGUGAAGCCAGAGACUCGAAGAAAAAUCAGGGAGAAGCUCGACAAACUUAGAGAGAAAGCAGGAGUACCAAAGAAGAAGACCGAGUCAAGCCCUGACAUGAAGGAUAGACUGCCAACCAGUCCACCAGACAAUUUGAACUUACCUUUGGCUGAGGCAACCCUUUAAACCUGCCUUUCACUUUUGUUGUCUUUAGGGUUCCCUUGACUUAGUAUGACCUUGUAAUAAUAUAUAAUUGUUAAAAUUGUUAGAUGUUUUGCGACUUGUAAUCGUGUUAUCAACAUUCCUGAUGCUUAUUGAAUUCACUUUAAAUGCUGAUAAUAA